UGUGUUAUUCCACUUUAAAUGAACUUCUAACUCAGAAACAAGUGUCACUUCUUGUCAUGUUCAUAGCAUCACUUGUUGUUAACGCUUCUUAAGUGUAUUUGCCUAUUGUCGAUACCAUUGGAUGAUUGCCUUUACUGUUGACAUAUAUAAAUAGAGAAACGAUGCUUUAUUCAAACAUACAACUUUUCGCAAUGUUUCAAUAUACGACACCGCGAAGAGUUUUGAAGCUUGAACACAAGAAGUCGGUAAAAGAUGCAGAGCCCAGUGCUUCAGACAAGUUGACGUUCAGAAAGACAUCCCGAACAUUCUCCAGCUAUGGUAAAAUAUUUACUCCCAAACAAAUGCGAGAAUCUCGAUCUAUGACAGUUUCCGAACCAUCAUAUCAUCUCAGGAAGAAAGUUCAAUACUUUAAGAACUCGGCUACAGGAUACCAAAAAGGUGGAUAUUCCAAGUUUUUUUGGAAAGACAGUCUUGCGUUUUGCGAGCGUAACCUUAGCCAGCAAUGUCGUGUUUCUAAUACGUCUGCUAUUUGUGCAACCUCUAAAAUAUGCGUCGUUGGGUCGCCAAAUGUUGGGAAAACAAGUCUAAUACAACGACUUAUAAAUGCAAGCGAUAUUUCCGAAAUAAAGAGAUACGAAGAUUUGGAAGUUUCCAAAAAUGUCAUCGUGCAGCUAGACGAUGAAAAGUUGAACCUUGAAUUCCAAGAAACCGAUAUGCGGAUGCAGAGAUAUAUACCACGAGAUUGUGAUGCUUACAUCCUGGUGUAUUCUUUUGCGGACAGACGGUCACUCUCUCAUGUAGCUCAGAUAAUUCGUCAAUUGCGGAACAAAUACAGGGUAAACAAGCCAGUAUUUCUCAUUGCCAACAAACUGGAUCUUGGGAACCUGCAUAUUCCAAGAGAGGAUGGGAAGAUCUUGGCAAGACUACACAACUGCAAAUACAUUGAAAUCUCGCUCCUAUGCCAACCUAAUAUUGAUACGCUUCUUCAUGGUAUUGCGAAACAAGUUCUCUUUAAGGUGGACACAUGUAUAGAUGCUGAAAAAGCGGAGAAAAUAUGUAAUGAACAACUCAUACCAAGAUCCAUUCCAAAAUCUAAAAGGCCAAUUUUUGGCUUAUUUUCAAAACUCUUAAAAAGAAAAAAAUACAAGGGCUCUGAAGAAAAAGUCUUUUAAAAAUAUGAUUAAGAUGUAAAUUAAUUAUAUUGCAAUUUACACAUGAUAAUGUUGUCUAGUUUCUGUGUCAUAUUAUGUAUAUUUAAGAGUUACUUUGACAUGUAAAUGUAGCUUUGGUCAGUUUUCUGAAUUUUUUUCUUGUUAUGUCCUGCAGACAAUAUUGCAUUUGAAAAGUUUCCACAAGUUUGGGUUUUAUUUAUGUGUAACCGAAAACAAUAGUUUUAUUAUAAAAAUAAAAAUUGUGACUACAAUUCCUUUUGUUUUACAUUAGCCUGUCCAAAGUUAAUUUUACGUAAACCACUAUUCGAAUUUGAUUUUUACCAGUUUUAUUAUGCUAAAAUACUGCAAUCUGUAGAAAUUCGAAAUGUUUAGAGCACAUUUUGGACUAUACUUAAUCGGAUACUCAAUGGGAUUAUCAGAAAAAAAUCUCUUAAAGCGAUAACCUGUAUUUGUAGUUUGAAUUCUCACUGCAUUUGUAUUCAUUUAAAUAAAUAAAAAUCU